UUUCUGUUACAUCACUUCACUUUGCCUUCGAAGGCUGGUCUGUGCUCAGUGUUUUCUGGUGAUGCAAGUCAGCUCUCUUCCUCCAGCAGUUGGAUCGCUCCCAUCUCACAGCACCUCACAGGUCUCUUCCCCGGAGCAGUGCACUGCUGGAGCGAGGAGCUGCUCACGAAUCAGCUGCAGGUCCCUGUUUUGAAAAGCAGAGAUACAGAGGCAGAGGAAAAGGGUGGACUUCUAUGUGACCUGUUCUUAGAGAAGACAAUCACCAUCCGAAUUCCAGAAGCCCUGUUCAUGUGUGGGGAUAUUUUUUCGUCUACAUGGAAUCAGAAAGAAGCAAAAGGAUGGGAAAUGCCUGCAUCCCCCUGAAAAGAAUUGCUUAUUGCCUAUGUCUCUUAUCUGCGCUUUUGCUGACUGAGGGGAAGAAACCAACGAAGCCAAAAUGCCCUGCCGUGUGUACUUGUACCAAAGAUAAUGCUUUAUGUGAGAAUGCCAGAUCCAUUCCACGCACCGUUCCUCCUGAUGUUAUCUCAUUAUCCUUUGUGAGAUCUGGUUUUACUGAAAUCUCAGAAGGGAGUUUUUUAUUCACACCAUCGCUGCAGCUCUUGUUAUUCACAUCAAACUCCUUUGAUGUGAUCAGUGAUGAUGCCUUUAUUGGUCUUCCACAUCUAGAGUAUCUAUUCAUAGAAAACAACAACAUCAAGUCCAUUUCAAGACAUACUUUCCGGGGACUAAAGUCUUUAAUUCACCUGAGCCUCGCAAACAACAAUCUCCAGACACUCCCAAAAGAUAUUUUCAAAGGCCUGGAUUCUUUAACAAAUGUGGACCUUAGAGGGAAUUCAUUUAAUUGUGAUUGUAAAUUGAAGUGGCUGGUGGAAUGGCUUAGCCACACCAAUGCAACUGUUGAAGACAUCUACUGUGAAGGCCCCCCAGAAUACAAGAAGCGCAAAAUCAAUAGCCUUUCAUCCAAGGAUUUUGACUGCAUCAUUACAGAAUUUGCAAAAUCUCAAGACCUGCCUUAUCAAUCACUGUCCAUAGACACUUUUUCUUAUAUGAAUGAUGAGUAUGUUGUCAUUGCUCAGCCUUUUACUGGAAAAUGCAUUUUCCUUGAAUGGGACCAUGUAGAAAAGACUUUCCGGAAUUAUGACAACAUUACAGGCACGUCCACUGUAGUGUGCAAGCCUAUAGUCAUUGAAACUCAGCUCUAUGUUAUUGUGGCUCAGCUGUUUGGUGGCUCUCAUAUCUAUAAGCGAGAUGGUUUUGCAAACAAAUUCAUAAAAAUUCAGGAUAUUGAAAUUCUCAAAAUCCGAAAACCCAACGACAUAGAAACAUUCAAGAUUGAAAACAACUGGUACUUUAUUGUUGCUGAUAGUUCAAAAGCUGGUUUUACUACCAUUUAUAAAUGGAACGGAAAUGGAUUCUACUCCCAUCAAUCUUUACAUGCCUGGUACAGGGACACUGAUGUGGAAUAUUUAGAAAUAGCCAAAACACCUCUGACACUUAGAACACCUCAUUUAAUUCUGUCCAGUAGUUCCCAGCGUCCUGUAAUUUAUCAGUGGAACAAAGCAACACAAUUAUUCACUAACCAAACUGAUAUUCCUAACAUGGAAGAUGUCUAUGCAGUAAAGCACUUCUCAGUGAAAGGUGACGUAUACAUUUGCUUGACAAGAUUCAUUGGUGAUUCCAAAGUCAUGAAAUGGGGAGGCUCCUCAUUCCAGGAUAUUCAGAGGAUGCCAUCGAGAGGAUCUAUGGUGUUCCAGCCUCUUCAGAUAAAUAAUUACCAAUAUGCAAUUCUUGGAAGUGAUUACUCCUUUACUCAAGUGUAUAACUGGGAUGCAGAGAAAGCCAAAUUUGUGAAAUUUCAGGAAUUAAAUGUUCAGGCACCAAGAUCAUUCACACAUGUGUCCAUUAAUAAGCGUAAUUUUCUUUUUGCUUCCAGUUUUAAGGGAAACACACAGAUUUACAAACAUGUGAUAGUUGAUUUAAGCGCAUGAGACACCAAAUCCUGUGGCUGCCAUCAGAAACUUUCUACAGUACAUGACCUGGAUGAACUCAAUGCAUGAUGACUCUUCUUAUCACAUUUGCAAAUGAAUGCCUUUUAAACAUUGAGACUGCUAGAACCAAGCACUACCAGUACUUCAUCCUUAACUGUCCAGUCCAGUGGUGUGGGAAGUUACCUUUUAUAGGGCAAAAUUUAAUUGUGUGACUGCUCUUUGCAGUGAAGAUGUGUAAAUAAGUGUUUAAUGGUAUCUGUUUCUCCAAAAAGAAAUAUUAAUAUGUACUUUUCCAUUUAUUUAUUCAUGUGUUCAGAAACAACUGCCAAAUAAAAUGUUUACAUUUUCUUUCAUAUCCCAAAGGUAAUUAUUUAUGGGAAUUGAUUAUUCUUCUUGAUGGUAUACUGAGGAAAUAGUUUAUAUAAUAGGAUUACUUUUGGAUCAAGGCUUUAUGAUGUGAAUAAUGAGUGAAGAUAAAACACUGAGAUUGAUUACCCCAUGAUUUACAAACAGAUAUAUCUAUGUCUGUAUCAGCUGAUUUGGAAUGUACAAAGGUCUUUCCAGAGAUAAUGGAUUUUAGGGACAUCUGAAGUGAAAUUUUGACAAAUUAAAACAAGAGUAGGGAAAUUUUGCCUAUUACAGAAAGACUAAUUUGAAAUAAAGAGGAAGACUUCUUUUAUAGCCCCAGCUAAAAAAUGUCAUUCAGACAAUUUAUAGAAGAAAUUAAAAAUCAAACUUUAGGAUUUAAAAAUUCUUUAUCAGGGACUUUCUAAAUGUUUGAUUCUAGAAUCAUCUAACAGCAUAUAGAAAUUGUAACUUUAUAGCACUUGCCCCAAAUGUAGCUGCUAUGAAGGCCCCUAAUCUGAUCAAGGAUACUGCACUUUUAGGAACCAAAUUUUAUGUUAUUGACCAGCUGCACAGUGACCAGAAGGCUUAUCUUUGAUUUUUCUGAAUUCUUACUUCUAGAUCAUAUGAGUCCUUGGCACCUACCACAAUGACUGUGAUAUAGCAGGCUCUCAAAAAGUGCUUCAGAAGAAACAUAUAGGCCCUUCUCUUAUACUAAACAUUAUGAGGUCUAAUCGGUCAGUAUUUACUGGAUACUUACUAAGAAUAAAGAAUGACUGGGGAGCAGUAUUAAGGAAGAGCAGGACCUGAUCCUUGCCCUCUGGGGUCUUAAAAGAUGAAUUGGGUAAUAAUACAAAACCUUACAGAGUAAGCAAUGAGUGUCAGGAAUCAUGUAUACAUUCCAGAUUAUAAAUAUCUGGGAGUAUUAAGUAUAACUAACUUCUGGGACAUUGUCAUCCUUGUUUAAAUUUAAAGGGAAAGUAUUAUUUCAAAAGGGGAUCAUGACAAAAGAUAUUCCUGCCAGAAACUAGUUGUGUGUGCUGCUUUUAUGGAGGGAAUCAGGGUUUGCUCCUACUAAAUGUCCCCCAGACUCUUUUGCCAUACCACUGGGUAGAAGCAGGCAGACAGCAGCCUCUCUGCCCAGCACAGAUCUGGCAGACCAAAUCAUCAAACAAUCUGCACCAACAAUAUUUACACAGCCUCCUGGCAGCAACAUCCUGAGAAAUUAUGCACAAGUACCAGAUUUCUUUAUCCAUACAGAAAAGAUAUUAGUCUGACAUCAGGCUUAUAGAGGAAAAGAACACAUACCCACUCCUGACCCUACAGCUAGGGAGAACUAGCCUUGAAAUAUCUCUUACUUUGCUCAGUUCUCUUCCUAUAAGCAGAAUCAUAUGCUGUUAGAGAACACCUGUUUUAUACAGACUGGGUUUAAAUCUAGCUGUGCCGUACACUGGCUUUGUCCAUAGGCAAGUUUCUUAAUUGACUUGAGCCUGUUUAUUUGUAAAGAGGGACAAUAGUACCUACAUUCAAGAACAAGGGAAGGAUUGAAUGAGAAAGUGCAAGAGCAGCAGUUUGUAUUUUCCAAAUGUGGUCACCACUAUUUCUCCCAUCCCCUGUGAUCUGUGAAACCCUUGCCCCACUCCAUCAAGAGGUGGUGCCUAACUCACCUGUCCUAACCAGGUGGGUUUGUUACUUGCUUGUAACCCAUAGAAUGUAAUGGAAAUCAUGCAGUUUGAAUUCUGAGGCUGUUGUAAAAAUGGUGAUGCUUCUGCCUUAUAAAUUGGGACACUGUUCAUGGACCCCUGAUCAGCUAUGUAUGAAGUCAUGCUAGCCUGGGGCCACCAUUCUGUGCUGAAGCCCAGGCUCCAUAGAGAAACUACAUGUCGGUGCUUUGACCAAGUGCUCCAGCUGAUGUGUCACCAACAGCCAUCAUCGACCACCACUCCUGUGAAUGAGGAUGUCUCCAGUGGUUCCAGCUCCUGCUGUCAAGUUACAACCAGACAUCAGACCUUCCCGACUGAGGCCACAGACAUUAGGGAGCAGAGAAAAGCCAUCCCCAUGGUGCCCUUGUCCAACUUCCUGACCUAUAGACUCUAAGAACAUAAUAAAAUGGUUGUUUUAAA